UUCGUCUGCUGGCCUCCGAUAUGGGCUCGACUAAUCAGCAUUGAUUUCAUCCACAUUUCCUUAUCAUAUUAACUGUUCCGAAAGCGUAAGGCAGUUGAGGCAUAUCCACAAUGAUAUUUGGAGGUGAGACGGUGGACGAGGUCAGCUUCAGGUUCUCAGAGCUGGUUCCUGUGGUGCUGAUUGCCUGGCUGACAGGCUCCACUCCCCGUGCUGCACAAUAAAGAGCCUUUCAAGCCCAGACAAGACUACAGGGCACCACCAUGAAGCCAGGUCACGAGCGCAAUCAGGAGUGCCUGCCUCCCAAGAAGAGGGAUCUCAACAACAGCACCAGUAGUAGUAGUGCGGGAGGAGGGGCAGGAAGUGGGGUGGGGGGAGGAGGGGGGGGGGAAGUGGCCACUCAGAGCUCAGGGGUCAGUAGUGACACUCAGGGAGGAGGCACAGCAGAAGAGUGGCUGCGUGCCCAGCCUGGUCUACACUAUGGAGUAGAGAGUGCUGAGGGCCUCCAAGGGCUGCCCGUUGACCAGUACAGCAUGCUCUAUAGGGUGGCUCUCCCCUCUGUCUCCUACUCCCAGACGAGUCUACACCCAGUGUUAAGCCAUAUCUCUCCAGCUUACACUGUCCCCUCAUCUCUCCUACAGCAUCAUCCAGGGAUCUCCUAUCCCCCUCUAGGCUAUGCCCAGAUCCCCCACUCCUCUUUCCAGUUUGUCUCCCCAUACGGUGCAGUCCCUUAUGCAGUCCCCCCUGGCUUUGUCCCCAGCUCCCUGAUCUCUCCCUCGGGCACCCUCUCCCAGCCCCACCUGGUCCCCUACCAGUCAGUCAUCCAGGAGGGGGUGGUCUCCCCUCCUACCCAGGCCCAUGUAUCUGCCCAUGCCUUUGCCAAAGUGGGGUCGUCCGGAGGUGUCCCGCUGAUGCUGACCUCGGAGCAGGCUGCCCAGCACCAGCAGCACCUGGGCCCGCUGCCCGCCGCAGAGCUCAGUCCUCGGGGAGUGCCAGUCUUUUACCACUCUCGGGGAACCAGGGCUGCACCUGCCCCCUGGGACCCCUACAGCGGGGAGCAGGAGACAGACGGGGAUAGGGAGGUGAAUGGAGGGGAGAGGGAGCAGGCAGCCAGGGAGAUGCUCCAGGACUCAGUCUACAAUGCCAGGAAUGCACGGCUGCUGCAGGCAGCAUCUGCCUCUGCAGCACUGGAGCACUCACAGGACAGAAGCCUGAAGAGCCGCAGGCUGGACGAGAGGGCUUCGCCUGGGCAGCGCAGCACCCCAGACACUGACCUGGAGGUUCAGCAGGUCGUUGGUCGCCUAGCCUCUCCUGUCCAAGGUGUGAGUGGAGGCCGCAAAGAGGUGUCCUUUGGUCCGCUGAACCUAUCCCAGGGCUCUCAGAGAGGCAGAGAGGCUCAUGGGGAGGCAGGGGAGAGUGCUGGCCGGACAGGGUACGCGAUCCACCCUGCGGUGUAUGGAGACCCCCGAGUGAUGGCCCAUCAACAGCAGGCAGGGCAGCCAGGCCACGCUGUCAUCUUGGCCAAUGGACAGACAGUCCUGGUCCCCUUAGACUAUCACCACCUCCCCCACCAACAUCAACAGCCACCCCAGCACUACCCCAGCCAAACCAAUGAUGACACCUCUACUGUCACCAUGGCCUCCCCCACCCCCUACUCUAAAGCCUCUGAAUCUCCAGCCAGAGUGUGCCUCCCAGACAGGGCUGUGGUGGAGCUGGCCGCCGUGGAGCAGCACCCCCAGCAGCCUUUUUCUGUCCCAGUCAUGGCAGCCCUCACGCAGGCCCCGGCGCCCACCCCUGCCCCCUCCAAUCCCUCCCAUUUCAUGAAGGGGGCCAUCAUCCAGCUGGCCACGGGGGAGCUGAAGCGUGUGGAGGACCUGCAGACUCAGGACUUUGUGCGGAGUGCUGAGGUGAGCGGGGGGCUGAAGAUCGACUCCAGCAUGGUGGUGGACAUCAGGACCAGCCAGCAGAGACCCGGCCUGGUGGUGCUGCACUUCACAGUUGGCGAGCAGCAGAGCAAGGUGACCAUCGACGUGCCCCCGGAGCACCCCUUCUUUGUGUUUGGCCAGGGCUGGUCCUCCUGCAGCCCAGAGCGCACGGCCCAGCUCUAUGGCCUGGCCUGCCACCACCUGCAGGUAGGAGAUGUGUGUGUGUCCAUCACUCUGCAGCAGCCGCCCCAGCAACAGAAACAGCCCCUGCAGCAGCAGCAGCAACAACAACAGCAACAACAACAACAACAACAGCAGCAGCAGACCCAAGCCAGGACUUCCACCAAAGCAAACUCCACAUCAGGGGCCAUCGGCCAGCCCAUGGGGCCCCCUGCCCCCCAGCAGCCCAGGCCACAGCCUCACUUCAGGAUGGAACGCGUCCACAGAGAGAGGGAGAGGGGGGAUAAAGAGGAGCCCAUGCAACUAGGGGGUGUUGGGCAGAGUGAGAUGCCUACCAGACCAAAUAGGACUUCAGCAGAGCAAACUAGGAGCCAGAGCAGUUACUAUUUGCACACGGAGGGUUCUGCUCGUCCAGGGGCGGGGGUGGGAGUGGUGUCGACAGUGUUGAGCGCGUCUCAGAGGCGCUGGUCCGCCCCCGGCCUUCAGAGAUGCAUGAAGGUGGAGGAAGGGGCGCACCCUCAGUUGGGCUCCUCUCGACCCUCCUUCAUCCCACAGGAGGUCAAACUGUCCAUUGAGGGGCGCUCUAACGCUGGGAAGUAGCACCAACCACAGCAGUCCACACCACAGAAGAGACUGUCAGAGGAGCGAAAGCAUCAGAGAGGGAGAAAGGGGAUAAAUAGUGGAAAUGUAGCCUCAGAAUGUUUAAUAUUUUGCACACCUAAUAAGAUUACAAGCUCUUUGUUUUCAGAGGAACUACCUGGUCUGGUGGCUGGUCAGGUCCGCUCUAUUUGCCUGUUAGUCAGUCAGGACAGCUCCUGGUCCAGUGAUCAGGAGAUUGGGUCUCUGCUCUCCCAAGCUGACAGGGAGCGGAUGCAGAAGCAGGGAGUGUAUGUAGCUGGUGAAUCGCCUACCAAAGUCUUCAGACUGCAUCUUCCUUCAUCCCUACCAACCCCUCAGAACCAUCCUUAUCAGAUGUGAACCAACCCUCAGAACCAUCCUUAUCACAGGUGAACCAACCCUCAGAACCAUCCUUAUCACAGGUGAUCGCAUUCACUGGACGUUCUCUCUUCUUUGACCAAACCAUCUCUGGAAACCCAAGACUGGGGAGAAUAUGUAGCCCAUGUCUGGUAAACAGACACCGGGUCUGACAGUGACAAGAACAUAGCUAUCCUAUUAUGCUCUGUCUCCCCCACAUUUCUAUUUUGGUCUGUUACCUUCAAAAGCGUUCUCCAAAAAGACUAAAGGUGCACUUGCGGAGCUGAAUUGCUGGCAUCGGCACAUAGAUGCUUUUCCCUCCAAUGAUGUUGGUUCUCUUGAUGCAGACUCUGGACGUGUCAUCGUCACUUAGUGUGCUUCUCUAGUAGGAGCAGAGGACUUCUACCAAAGCACAGACACUCUCCCUCGUCUCCCUGCCUCUCCUCGUAGGGCCCAGUCUGCUGAGAGAGGGUCUGAGAGGAGGGUAGGCAGCCUUAGAGGUCUUUCAAUCAGCUCCUUCAAUCAACCAAUCAGAACCUAGGAAACUGCUCACUCCUUUCGUAAUGCACAAACCACACUUCCCCGUUUUUCAUUUUACACCCCAACCCCACUUUGUGCCACGGUUACAUGUCAGUUUUCCUUUCGAAAGAAACCAAAAGAGAUCAUGCAUUCCAGUAUCCUAGUGAUUAUCAUAGUGACCACAAUACAACACUCAUCUUCCCGAAUGCAGCCCUCCCUGCCUGCUACACUUCUCAGCAUUCCUCUGAAUGGUGACUGUUUACUGUCAUUGUAUUAGUAGACACCACUACUGGAGGCACGGGCUGGUCUCCACCAAUGUCACCUGUGGGAAUGAUGCCUGCAUGGAGCAGUACUGGCUGAGAGAGUGAAACCUCCCCAUAGAGUCAUGUUGGCUCUCUCAGUACAGCAGCCCCUGGGCCUAUGAGGGGGAAUCCUGUGUGUGUUGGAGGGGAUUGAGUUGGCCCUGCUUCAUACCUUUUUCACACUAUUGUCCCAACACAAACUGGGGGGGAUCUUUUGGCUUGCUUUCCAGUGAAUAUAAUUGGUUUAAGGUUACCCUGCCAUUUUCCAGCCUGUUUUAGGUUGUUCAUGGCUAGCUAAACUAUGUGCCUCUGCUCGUUUAAAAGCAGGAUGGCACUACAUAUGUUAUCUGGCCAGGUCAGCUUACACGACUGUGUGAAAUGGGUAUAUGAGACCAGUCAAUCUUUGCUCAGUUACCAAAAUGAAAGCAAUAGUGUAUUUUCUGUUUAUUUGGGGGUUUUCUGUAUAUUUUGUUAUUGUUUUUAUAUAAAUAUACAGCUUGUGUAUCAGACCUAAUACUAUCUUUAACCCUGACCUGAAAUGUUCCUGCUUUUCAAAUGUGAUGCACAAUUUGGCUCUGAAAUGUUUUGAUCUUUGUUAUUACAGAUUCACAAUCAAAGCAUGACUUUUGAAAUGAUUUUUAUUUCAAAAACCAGGCAUUUAUUCUGAAGAGAAUAGUCUCCUUUUUGAUGGACUGGAGGUUCGGGCUCUGAUCCUCACUGAUAGUAUUCAUUAUGGUUUUAUAUGGUUACCCUAUAUAGUUACUCUAUAUGGUUUUAUUCAAGUGCAUCUCCAAGAGAGGCUUGACUCCAAAUCAGUGGUGAGCAUCUUAACUCUCCUCUGUUUUGUCCUCUCCAUUGUCUUUUAAUCUACUUGUGUACAUGUCGAAUUGUUUUAUUCUGUCCAUGGCAAUAUUAUUUCCAGUGGACCUUAAGAUUGUCUUGUAUUGCACAUAGAAAACUUCACCUGUUGAUUCACACUGACCUUGUAAUGGGAAUCACAAAUAGUUUCUUUUUUUUUAUGAAGGGAAAAUGUUUUUGUAGCUAUUACAUUUUUUUGAAGUGUUCUUAAGGUAGUUUUGGCAAUAGAGAAACUGACUUGCAUGGUUGACACUUUACAAAUUAGCCAAGAAAAAAUGCUGCAGUUUCCUUUUUCGGACACAGAUUUUAGUCACAGAAACUUCAAGUGGAUGAAAUCAAGAUGAAGUGCAAUUAGAGCAGAUGCAAAAAUCACACAGACAUUUAGUUUGAUAUGUCAUUCUAUAAAGCAGACAGACAUUUAGUUUGAUAUGUCAUUCCAUAAAGCAGACAGACAUUUAGUUUGAUAUGUCAUUCCAUAAAGCAGACAGACAUUUAGUUUGAUAUGUCAUUCCAUAAAGCAGACAGACAUUUAGUUUGAUAUGUCAUUCUAUAAAGCAGACAGACAUUUAGUUUAUGUCAUUCCAUAAAGCAGACAGACAUUUAGUUUGAUAUGUCAUUCCAUAAAGCAGCCAGACAUUUAGUUUGAUAUGUCAUUCCAUAAAGCAGACAGACAUUUAGUUUGAUAUGUCAUUCCAUAAAGCAGCCAGACAUUUAGUUUGAUAUGUCAUUCCAUAAAGUAGACAGACAUUUAGUUUGAUAUGUCAUUCCAUAAAGCAGACAGACAUUUAGUUUGAUAUGUCAUUCCAUAAAGCAGACAGACAUUUAGUUUGAUAUGUCAUUCCAUAAAGCAGACAGACAUUUAGUUUGAUAUGUCAUUCCAUAAAGCAGACAGACAUUCCACUUAGCUUAUGGUAAUUCCGUUUUUCUUUUUAUCUUCUAAAAUGUCUUUACUGUUAAUCCUCUUGUCAGAAAGACAUUUCACCUCAGUUUUGUCUAGUUUUAAUGUCUCUGGUCACUUCUGAACCGAUAGUCCUUGUCUGCAAAUAAUGUGUAUUUGUUUUGAUAUCACCUGUGUCACAUGAUGUGCUCCAACACAGAUCCAAGCAUUAAUAUCCCAGGCUCACCGAUACUGUGUGAGAAGGUAACUGUGUUAGAGCAUCUAUCUGCUGGCCUGUCUGUCCUUGUAUCCUGGGCUUUGAGCUCUGAGGUGAAGACUGGUGAUUGUGUGUGGUGACAUCCAAUGCCUUCUAACGGACUUGAGUCCCUCAUCCACGCUAUUUAUAGACGGCAGUGUCAAAUCUAGUUCAUACACCCCUUCCAACCCCACCACCCUACUGCCUCCAGAACAUUUCUGUUGAGUGGAGCCUCCAAGGACACACGGUUCACUGAGGAUAAAACCUUAGACAGUCUUUGACAACAAGCCAUGAGAGAAUGUUCCUGAAGGAGAGGGGCGGUCCGUUAGGCCUGAUCAGGGCAGAGUCACAUGCCAUUUGAUACAGUCAUAACAACCAAUCUGUAACUUUGUUGAAAUAUAAAUGUUUUUAAAUACGGUUGUGGUUAAAUGCCAUACAGAGAUGAGCUGGAUGAUUUUCCACAGUGGAGCAGUAGACUUUUAGUCAUAAACCGCUCAAUACUUAUUAAUUUAUUUUUUACAGUAAUUUACGUUUGUUACAUUUUUUAUGCUAUAAGCAAUACAGUUAAACAGAAUACCUGAAAAUAUGUCAUGUAGUUUAAGGAUGUGCUAUGCAGUAAACUCUGAAUUAUUCUGCUCUUCAGUGACCAAGUGUACCUACUACGGGGUAGGACAGGUUUGUAAUGUAUGUAAGAAGGUGGCUGAUGCAGUCAUUGUACACUGAUCUCUCUGAGUACUAUAGCUUAUCAUUGCCCACCAUUGGGUGUCUGAAUAUAGUGGAUUUAUUUUGUUUGGUUGUUUUUGUUCAGACCCUUAGUUGUCACUAACCUAAGUUCAGCACAGUGUUUUGUUCCAGUCAGCUCAGCCUAUUACCUCCACCCUCCGCUGCCAGGCAGUACAGGCCAAAUCAUGACCAGAGAUGGGUAUGCAUGUGUAAGUCAAAUUUUUAUGUAAUUCUGUCAUUGACGUCUAUGGAUUUGUGCUGAAAUUCAAAUUAUGUGCAUGGAUAUCCAGUUAGAUUUUGGCCUUACGAUCUCUCUUGGUCACAUGUAGCAAUCCCUUGGUUAGAUAUGGUAUGAAUGUUCGUGUGUAUUCAGCCCUGUAGGGUCAGAGUCUUCUCUUUGGUGAACUUUUACUCUCCAAAAUGUACUGCCUUACCAAGGGCUCUCAGCUGGGCCUGUCUCACAUUUUAUAGGAGAUGGUGUGGAGAGUGCAGAUGCUCUGAAAAAGGAUGCUGUCAACAGCCUGCCUGUGUCUGUGCACUGUUGUCAAAUGUUUUGUGAAUGGGGUUGCAUCUCAUGUCCCACCUCCCUGGGGGCUCUUCUAGAAAGCAGGAUCAAUGAGUUAGCCAGCUAACAGUCCCCCAGAAAACAGGAAGAACUGCAUUUUUUUCUAGAUAUAUGAACUUUGAAAUUUGUAAUGGUAUAAUUGACUUGACAACCAACAAUCCAUAUUCGGGUUUAGUUUUCUAAAUAAAAAUCAGAUGUAUUUGACUGUUUAUCAAAGUUACCUGGCUGAGGUAAUGAUCCUACUUCCUGGAACACCCCCACUGCUCAUCAACACACUCUUUCCUCCAGAUAUUCUUACUUCAGUAAAAUAUUAUUAACAUACAGAACUUCUGUGUCUUACCACCUCCUCCCCUUGCCUUGCCACACAACAUGUGUAUCAAACACAGUAUUCUGGUCUGGGACAACCAUUCUAGGUGCAAAGCAGUGCCUCCUGUUUAUUUACCUCUUCCUCUCUGUCUUGAACACGGUAUGAGGCAGUGGCUGUAUGACCACUCUGACUCUCAGCAGACAGUCAGGUGGACAGGCACAUUAGCAGCACGCCAUCUGUUACACUCAGACUAGCAUCGUUCUCAGACUUCUGCUGGGAGCGUGAAAGUGCUACUUCAGCCGUUUUCUAGGUUCUUCUCUUGACUCUAACCAUCGUAAGAAAGGGGAAACAUUUGACCUGUACGUUUUUGACCUCACUCUUCUUAUUACAUAGUCAAAGAAAAUUGCACUAAUUUGCCAUCCUUUAUAGUAUUAUAAAAUUAACGGUUAGUUAAUUGAAGUUUUUAAUUAUUAGCGCUAAACAACACAAAACCCAAUGAAACAAUCACUUGUCAGUUGUGCAUGUUUGUAGAGAUAAUGUUUUGUAUGGCUAUUAUCAAGCUUGUCAAUAACGCCUUAAGAUCUGUACAAUGUGUUAAUGGAAUGAUGCUUAUAAGUGACCCAGUUUCCCUGUUUUUCUGUAGCUGCAAAGGUGGAUCAGUUCACUCUUGUUGUAUUGACCCCUCUUGGCACUCUCCUGGUGUUUUAUUCAUAAGCAGAAAGGCAUUUGGAAAUGGACUGUAUCUCAGGAUAGGGAGAGGUUACAGUGAGGGAUCAUGUUAGGGUGAGUCCCUAUCGCUGCUUGAAAGCUGGACCAGUAACUGACUCACUGUUGUUGUUUUUUUACAUACACACACACACCACCCUCUGUUGUUAAUGUGAGUGCAUGUUGGGAGUAGGUCCCUGAAGGUGAGCGGUUGUGCUCAAUGUAUUUUUGUUCUGGUCCUGUCUGAUCUACUUGGGAGAGAAUGUGAGGCUUUUCAAACCAGUGACAACUUUCCUUUAUUGGUAACUGUAUGGUCUGUUUUUGUUUUGUGAUUAUGGAAAAAGGCUUUAUGACCCCUGUAUAAAGUAGCCCUGUUGGUCUGAUCUUGUAUGACUGAGGUAAAUAGACUGGAUGGGAUGGUGUUGUUGCCAGGCACUAGAGAUGCAGAAUUAAAUCAGGAAGAUGAGAAUGGUUAAAAGUUAAUGGAGUCGUUGGGUAUUUUCAGAUUUUACAUUUGUAUUUUGGCACUAAAGUUACUGCUUUUUACGUGACAUUUGACUAGUUUUAAAAGAAACAGCAUCUUUUUUUAAAGUAUAAAAUCUGCAAAAUAUAUGCAAUGAUGUAUGUAAUAUUCAAUCCUCAAAUAUAAUCCAGGUUGUAUAAACUUUUGUAUAGUGAGUUUUAAUAUCGUAUGGCCGUACCAAUAUGUAUUGAUUCGUAUCAAAAGCCUUAGUUGUCUAUCCAAAGUGCUCCCUUAGAAUACAGUACCCUACACCUACCUGAACUUUACAAAGCAUUAAUAACUAUAUUUUGUUGCGUUUUUUUAUUUGUACCCUUUUUGAAUAAAAUAGAUUUGUACUGUAUAUUUGUACCGCUGUGAACUACUUAAGGCUGUUUUGUUUUUGUUUUGCUGUUUUAAUUCUAUGUACUUAAGGACACACAGAUAUUGUAUUUUUAUUGUUACAGCUAACUUCUUGGAGACAUUGCAUUUAUCAUGUUUGUUAAGUAAACACAAUAAUAUAUAUAUAUACUUACUAUUA